CAACAAAUGAACCAAGCACGGAGUGGUCAGCAACCACAAAUGCAAGGCCAGAACCAGUCUGUGGAGGUUUAUUCGCAGGCGAUGCAGCAGCAAAUGCAGAGCGCAAUGCAAAGAGCAAGCAGUUCUAACGCGAACAAGGGCAUGCCUCAGAAUCCCGCAAUGGGACCCGGCGGCGCACAAUCGAGUCCCAUGACACAAGACAAUUUCAACGCCAACGGAGAACUUUACUCCAACAACGCACGUACGGGCAUGCCCCAGAACGGAGCCAUGGGUGGCGGUCAACAAGGCGCCAACAACGGCAAUCACGCUCUGCAAGACUACCAAAUGCAAUUGAUGCUGCUCGAGCAACAGAAUAAGAAGCGGUUGCUCAUGGCCAGGCAAGAGCAGGAUAGUAUGGCUCACCCAACCGGUGUUCCUGGUCCCAAUGGAGGCCGCGGCUCGCCACAACCUGGCAUGAUAGACCCAGCCAAUCCCGCGAUGCAACCGCAGAUGAUGAGGGGACCUAAUGGUCAAGUCAUGAUGCGACCACCUUCCUCACAUCCGAUGCCCGGUGGACAAAUGACCGCUCAACAGCUAGAUAUGUUGCGACAGCAGCAACAGCAGCAAGGGCAGAUGAUGCCGAAUGGCGCGAACUGGCAACAAGGAGGUCCGCAACCACCGCCUGGGCAGAUGAUGCCAGGCCAACAGCCAGGCCAACCAGGUCCACCUGGGCAACCUCCGAACAUGACACCUCGCCAAGGGAACAUGCCUCCGCCCCCAGCACCGGCCAACGCUGCUCAAGGCGGAACGCAACCAAGUAGUCCGGCCCAGCCGCCAGCGCCACCGACACCAAGUCAACAGAACAAAGCUAAGCCUGGAGCCAAAAAGGCCGCGGAAAAUAAGAAGGGACCAGCAGCCGCCAAGAAGGAGGAAAAUGCACCACCAACGCCAACGCCGCCACCUCCAGUUACCCCCAGCAAUGCAGCUUCUUUCAACCAGAACAAGAACGUUCAGGGUAUGCCAAAUGGCCAACCCAACCCCGCGCAGCAGCAGAAUCAGCAGCAGGGUAAUGCAGGCCAACCUUCAGCCGACAUGGGCAUGGCUCCUUUCGGUGAUCUGGGAGGUGAUCAGAACAACUUCAUGGACUUCGCCAACAUUGAGUCGGGAGACGUACUCGAUAACUUCGAUUUCGAUUCCUUCCUGAACAAUACUGGUGGCGAUGAAGGCCUCGGAUUUGACGCCAACUUUGCCUUCGGAGAUGGCAUUGAGGCUGACAUUGGCGGGAACUGAGGCUGAAGACCAUACUAUCCCUCAGAAGAAUCACAUUCCUCCUCCAACAUUCUGGUUGGCCGCAAUCACGCCUCGAGAGGCUGCGCUUCUUGUCUGCUGCCAUCACGGCCUGUGUGAACGCGAGUUAGCACAGCACAGCACAGCGCCGCUUCUCUGCUGUCGUGUAUCACGAUUUGCACAACUCAACUCGACUUUCCAUACUCUGCAGCAGCAGUUGUUCCUCGUCUUCCUUCCCGCAUCGAUACCCAAAAAGCAGGCGCCCUUCGUUUUAGGAGAAAGCUAUCCACCACCUCUUCCCGCGGAUUCUGGACGCAAUUUGCCGCACACAUGAACCAGUAUCGUUGGCGCGCAUGUCCCCUGCCGCUACGAGCAUUCCGCAAAGCUUGUGUUCAUAAUCUCAACACUGCUACGGCAGUGAUGUCUGGCGUUUCCUAAUGCCAUCAUUCGCAUGCAAUCAAUCUUUCAAUGGGAUAAUCGGUUACGACCGCGGAGUUCAUCUUGGAUCAACUGUACUGGAGUUUUAACGCACCAAAUUUUGAAGAUGGAUCGAUAUCGGUGUGAAUGGCGUGUGGAAAUAUUGUUGUGUAGUACGCUACACUUUUGUCGAUCAGUCUUGUUUCUACACUAGGUAGCAUUGAAAUGAUAGACAUGCUAUCCUAUCAU